AAAAUAUUAAAUAAAUAAAAUCACCUAAUCAGCCACACCUAACCACCCAAUACGACGCAGUUUAAACCCCAGAUUCAACCUAACCAGUAACCCCUUAGUUAUAGUUAUAGCUCUUUCUUCUUUGUUUUCUCCAACCACACUCACUCCAUAAACCCUAAUUCCACCAUGACUUCCACCUUAGCCACUGCCUCAUCCACCAUCUUCUCCUUCAACUCUAACUCCACCAAUCCACCUUCUUCCCCCAAUCUCCAUUUCCUACCUCAACUUCGCCGUCAACACAACCCUCGAAUCACCGUCAGGGCCCACUCAUCCAACUCCAACGACCCCAUACUCCAAAACCUCAAAACAUUCGCCGGAGCCGCACUCUUCGCCGCCGCAGUCUCCGCCGUCAAAUUCCCCGCCUCUCCGGCGAGAGCCGAACCUCCGGCAACGGUCCUCGAGGAAAACGACAUCGAUCGCGGCAAAACGACGUCGCCCCUAUCCGAGUUUCUUGAAACGAAGGACGAAGCCGUGGAAGCUCUGAAGUCUCUUCUGCAGCAGAAGCUCGAACUCGGCGAGGACGAGGAGGCGCUGAAGAUCCUGAAACGGUUGGUCUCAGCGCAACCCGAGGUAACAGAUUGGAAAUUCCUAACCGCUCGGUUGAUGAACGAGAUCGGUGACGUCGAAAGCGCGCGCAAUUUGUACGAGGAAAUUCUAACGGCGAAUCCGUUGUCGUUCGAGGCGUUGUUCGAGAACGCGUUGGUGAUGGAUCGUUGUGGGGAAGGGGAAGCGGUGAUUAAGAGGCUGGAAGAGGCUCUGAGGGUUGCUGAGGAAGAUAAAAAGGAGAAGGAAGCGAGGGAUGUGAGGUUGAUAAUGGCGCAGAUUCAGUUUCUGCAGAAGAAUGUGGAUGAAGCUUUGGGGAUUUAUCAGCAACUCACGAAAGAGGAUCCUAAGGAUUUCAGGCCUUAUUUUUGUAGGGGAAUGAUUUAUAGUUUGCUUGAUAAGAAUGAUGAAGCAAAGGAGCAGUUUGCAAAGUAUAGGGAGCUUUCACCCAAGAAGUUUGAGGUUGAUGGGUACUUGAGAUCCCCUUUGUCAAGGAUGAAAUUGUUUGGUUCUGAUGAGAGCUGAAAAAAAAUAUAUAAUAAUAAUAAAUUUGAGGUGUUUUUGGCAAUUGGAAUAAAUAAGCAUAUGGAAGGAUACAAUACAAAACACAAGGUUUUGCUGUCUGAUCUGUUCUUCGUAGGUGAUUGAUUCUUCUCAUUACCUGCACCUCAGUUAAAUUCAUUUACUUUUUAUAGCGCACUCUUAAAUGAUGGGUGGGUGUAAAACUUAUUUGUAUGUUUUAGUGAUAAUGAUCGAGAAAUAAGGAUGACAAUUAAGUUCUGCUGAACUCCACUAUACUUUUGUGAAAACUUUGCACAGGUGGUAGUUUCUACUUUGCUAUGGUUGGAGUUGCCACAAUUGUUUUCUGGAAUUUGUCAAUAGUGAUGGAGGAUGAAUUUGUGACAUGCAAAUGUAUGGUUUGUUGCCAUGUAAUAACGGCAAAUUGAGUUAACUUGGCAAUGAAAUUCCUCUUUUGAAUG